AUGGCUAUUAAUUUCGCGUAUGAUAUUGUAGACCCUACGAAAGUCAUUAAAUCACAACUUGAUAGUGCAAGAGUUAGUUUUAAAAAGACGAGGGAGACUGCCAGUACUCUAAGAAAAAGAUCUCUUCUUAAUGCUAUUUCUUACCUCAACAAUGUAAUUGUUAAAAAAGAGUGUGUACCAAUGAGGAGGUAUGCUAGGGGAUGUGGACACACCAGGCAGGCUAGAGCAUUUGGACAGAGAAAAGGAAGAUGGCCUAAAAAGUCAGCAGUGGCUAUAUUACAAGUAUUAGAAAAUAUUAAAGAGCAGGCUACAGAAAAGGGUAUUGAUAUAGAAAAGUUAGAUUUGGAUCACGUUCAGAUAUGCAGAGCACCUAAAAUAUUCGGUAGAGUGUUUAGGGCACAUGGCCGAGUAACUCCUUUCAAUAAAAGUCCAUGUCACAUUCUUAUAGCAGCAAAGGUAAGAGAUAUGGAAGUUAAUGAUGAAAAUGAUAUUAUGAAACAAGAAGAAUAA